GUGUUAUUCUGGCAAGAAUUAUCAAGUUUAUCUUCUGUAGAGAGGAGGAGGAGGUAGAAUAUGUAGAAAAGGCUCCUCCUCCACCAACUAAUGAUGAUUUACCAGUUGUUCCCCCGGGAGAUAUCUACGCCGAGGCUAAGAACUGGGCGGGCGAGCUCAUUUCCGGUCAAACUAGGGCAGGCAAAAUACUGGUUUUCUGUGUAUUCAUCCUGUCAAAUAUCUCUCUCCUGGUUUACUUCAGAGAUGCUUCGGACGAAGGGGUAGAGCACUGCAUGUCCUAUUCGGAGAAUACGGCUCAGCAGGUCGACAUGGCUUUCAACGUAGGAUUCAUGAUUUACUUCCUAAUAAGAUUUGUAGCGGCCAAUGACAAGCUUCACUUCAUGUUUGAGAUUGGAUCUUUUGUUGAUUACUUCACAAUACCUCCGAUGUUUGUGAGCAUCUAUAUGGACCGGACAUGGAUAGGUUUAAGAUUUUUGCGAGUUUUGAGACUAAUGUCAAUUCCUGACAUUCUUCAGUAUUUAAACGUUCUAAAACUAUCAACAUCCAUUAGGUUGACCCAGCUGAUUGCUAUGUUUAUAUCUGUCUGGUUGUGCUCAGCAGGAAUAGUUCAUCUUCUGGAGAACUCUGGUGAUCCUCCAGAUUUUGAUAAUGGACAGUCCUUAACCUACUGGGACUGUGUUUAUUUCCUUAUGGUCACAAUGUCAACAGUAGGAUAUGGAGAUAUUUCUUGUGUCACCUCUCUUGGUCGCUCAUUCCAGGUUCUUUUCUUGACUGUUGGAUUGGCUACGUUUGCUUCAGCUAUUCCUGAGAUAAUCGAACUACUGGGAAACAGAACAAAAUAUGGUGGCACUUUCAAAAAUGAAAGAUUGCGCCAUAUUGUUGUAUGCGGACAUAUUACUUAUGAGAGUGUUACUUACUUCCUAAAGGAUUUUCUUCAUCCUGAUAGAGAGAAGGUGGAGGAGAUGUGUAUAUUUCUUCACAGAGCUGAACCUGAUCUUGAGUUUGAGGGAUUGCUCAAGAGAAGACAUACUCAAAUUAAAUACCUCUCCGGGUCCCUCAUGAACCCAGGAGAUCUAGAGAGAGCCCAGGUUAGAGAGGCAGAGGCAUGUCUUCUUCUAGCAAACAAAUAUUGCCAGGAUCCAGAUGCGGAAGAUGCCGCAAAUAUUAUGAGAGUUAUCUCCAUUAAAAACUAUUCUCAUAAAGUCAGGGUUAUUCUCCAGCUUAUGCAAUACCAUAAUAAGGCGUAUUUGAUGAAUAUACCGAGUUGGUCCUUGGCUAAUGGUGAUGACGUCAUUUGUCUAGCUGAACUCAAGCUUGGAUUUAUUGCUCAGAGUUGUUUGGCCCCUGGUUUCACCACCUUGAUGGCAAACCUGUUCGCUAUGAGGUCCGGGGACACCAACUCAGAUAUGGAGGUCUGGCAGAGGGACUACCUCACGGCAGCUGAACUAUGUUUUGUAAAACUAAAGCUGUUACUGUUGGCAAUAGAGACAAAUUCUGAGGAAGGAAACG